AGAGCGCCGGUCGGGGAGGGUUCGCUGCCGGGCGGGGAGGGUUCGCGGCCGGGCCGGGCUGUCACCGCGAGUCGGGCGGGUCUGCAAGCCCAGCCCGAGCCGGGAGUGAACGGCAGGCCCGGCAGGUGAAGGGCAGGAAGCGGCGGGGCCAGGUAAUGGAAGAUUGCCAUGGCACUGCUUUGACAAGCACUUCCUGUUGUCUUUACAGAGAUCUCACUGAAGAAUAAUCCCAAAGGAACAUUUGUCUCCCGGCACCUUUGUUAUUGGCCAUUCUCAGCUUUUAGUGACUGGGAAAACACCAACCACCCUUAUGCUUGGCCUGUUCCAGGCAGCGGAUGAGGUUCCUUCCAGUGGUCCCCAGAACCCUGUUGCCCAGAGCAUCUCUCUGUUGGGCAAAUGCUCAUGAAGCCGUUCCCUGAGCCAGCGUGGGAGGCGGAGGCCUCUUAGAGCCUGCAACAUGGAAGCUUUGGAAGUGGAUGAUAUCAGCCCGGCCCUGGAGGUUACUGAAGAUUUCUUCAGUACUUUUGACAGUAAACUAGAGAAGGCUGUUCAGCAAGCAGAGGUUUAUGGGAUCCAGGAAGUCCCUGAACUGGUGGGGCACGAGGUACUCAGUAACAUAACAGACAAUGGUGCUAUCAGAAAUGUUGCCUCCCUAGGCGAGGGGGGCAUGCUUUGGGACCACUGUCAGACCCGGUUCUUAGAAACCAAAGUUCAAAAUGUCUUCCCCGCCAAAGAACAGUUUAUGGUCCAGAGAGGGACGGCCCCAGAUAACCUCUCCUGGAUGGAACAAAAGGAAGCAUCAACCUUUAAUUUUUUCAACAUCUGUCAGCGUCGGAGGGACAGACCUCGUUCUGUGAAUGACUUGUUGGAUGAGACCACUACCUUUAAGCCAGGGCAUGCUCGAUCAAGGUCAGAUGUUACCCAGGUGGACUGGAGGGUGAUCCUCCAGACCACGCCUUUGCAGCAGCAGCCGCAACAACCAUCUCUUCAGGGCCCUCACUUCACCAGGCCGUCCUUCCUGUCGCCCUCACCAAAUAAGACAGAAGAUGCUCAAGGAAAUACUGAACACAAGCAGGCAUUCCCAAACAUUCUGAAGAAAGGUUACCUGGAGAUUAGGAAGGACCACGACAGCUACUGGCAAAGCUGCUACGCAGAACUCUCACCUUACAACUUGUGCUUCUACAGCCGCGACAGCAGCGGGAAUCAGAGCCUCUCCGCCACGUACCCGCUCUCCCACUUCCAGAGCGUAUCUGUCCUGGGCAACCUCGAGGCCAGGCUGGUGGACACUGUUCUGUAUGACAACUCGCAGCUGCAGCUAAAGGCAGAGUCCCCGUGGGAGGCUUUGGACUGGGGGCAGAAGCUCUGGGAGGUCGUGCACGCCGCCGUGCCCGGCAACGUGGGGCGGCAGGAUGAGCUGGCAAACUCACCACGGCCUGGUUAUCAUUUUGACUGCACACAGGGUCAUUGUUUACAGAAGCCCAGCGAGCUGCUCGCGCGGUCCCCUGUGGCGGGCGGCCCCAGACAGUACCAGGACGUCCUCAAGUCCGGGACGCUCUACCGGCUCACCGUGCAGAACAACUGGAAGGCGUUCACGUUUGUGCUGAGCAGGGCCUACCUCAUGGCUUUUCAGCCGGGCAAGCUGGACGAGGACCCCCUCCUAAGCUACAACGUGGACGUGUGUCUGGCUGUCCAGAUGGACAACCUGGAUGACUGUGACUCUUGCUUUCAAGUCAUUUUCCCCCAAGAUGUCCUCCGCCUCCGGGCAGAGACGCGGCAGAGGGCUCAGGAGUGGAUGGAGGCUCUGAAAACAGCUGCCAAUGCGGCGAGGAGUUCAGAGCAAAACCUGCAAGUCACCCUGAGGAACAAGGCCCAGGAUCCGAUGGGGGGGCACGAACUCAGGAAGAGCAAGCGGCAGUCCGUGACCACCAGCUUUCUCAGCAUCCUGACGACUCUGUCUUUGGAACGAGGACUCACUGCUCAGAGCUUCAAAUGUGCAGGAUGCCAGCGAUCCAUAGGCCUUUCCAAUGGGAAAGCCAAGGUGUGUAAUUACAGCGGGUGGUAUUACUGCAGCAGCUGCCACGUGGACGACAGUUUCCUCAUCCCGGCACGCGUAGUCCACAACUGGGAUACGUCAAAAUACAAGGUGUCUAAGCAGGCCAGAGAGUUUCUGGAGUACGUGUAUGAGGAGCCCCUGAUCGACAUCCAGCAGGAGAACCCCAUGCUGUACCUGCACGCCGAGCCGCUGGCCACCGUGGUGCGGCUGCGGCAGCGGCUCAAGUCGCUGCGAGCCUAUUUGUUCAGCUGCCGGGCAGCCGUGGCCGAGGAUCUGCGCCGCAGAAUUUUCCCCAGAGAAUACCUCCUUCAACAGAUCCACCUGUAUUCCCUCGCCGAUCUGCAGCAGGUAAUAGAGGGAAAGCUGGCUCCAUUCCUGGGCAAGGUCAUUAAAUUCGCCAGCUCUCACGUGUACAGCUGCAGUCUCUGCAGCCAGAAGGGGUUCAUCUGUGAAAUCUGCAACAAUGGAGAGAUCCUCUACCCUUUUGAAGAUAUUUCAACAAGCAGCUUGCUUUCUGACACCUCUGCAGAUCACCAGUCCUCUCGUUAUUGAGAACAUGACGCUGCUUCACACAUCCCUGGAAGAUGGCAUUCCUGAAUCUUGAAACGUGUCCAGAUCCCAAGCACAUAAAGACUUCCUCUUAAAAACACCCAGAGCGCAUUUUAACAUGGGACUCACAGAAUGUGCCAGCUCCCGUGGACCAGCGCCAUCCUUUCUGUCUGACGCAUUCGCUGUGUUGACUUUUUCAUGUGACAUACAAAUCAUCCCUCCAGGUUUCCCACUGGGGAAAACACCCAGGACUCUCUGAGCCCUGUGCCUUCGUCGGCUGUGUUUGAAUGUGGCCCUACUUCACACAGAAUUUGGUGUGUUACAUGUAUGCUAGGCAUCCCAUAAAAAUUUACUGUUUGGUUCAGCUCUCCCAAAUAUAUUGUGAGCACUCAUUAAGAACACAGACAAAGUUUUUUAAAUAAACUGAUUAGUUAGCGUUUAAAAUGCUUGCACUAAGCGCAGUAAAUCAGAGAAAGACAAAUACUAUAUGAUCUCACAUAUCUGUGAAAUCUAAAACAACAACAAUACACACAUACACCAAAGAAACAAAACUUCAGAUACAGAGAAAAGAUUGGUGAUUGCCAGAGGCAGGCGGUGGGCAAAAUGGGUGUAAAUGGUCAAAAGGUACAAACUUGCAGCUGUAAGGUAAGUUCUGGGUUGUAAUGUACAUCACAGAGACUAAAGAUGACAAUAUUGUCCCAGAUCUGAAAGAUUCCAAGAGAGUAGAUUUUCAAAGGUCUCAUCAUAAGAAAAAGAAAUGUGUAACUACUGUGUGGUGAUAGAUGUAAACUAAACUUAUUGUGGGGAUCAUUUCACAAUAUACACACAUAUCAAAUCAUUAUGCUGUUUAUCUGAAACUAGUACAACGUUAUAUGUCAACUUUAUCUCAGUACAA